AAUGAAAAUAUCGACGAUGGUUUUCUGCGCAUAAGAUUUUCGAGUAUAUAAUCGUCCACAAGUCCCAAUUCGGCUAAUUAAAAUAUCACAAUAUAAAGAUAAGAAGUACACUCACUGUACACUCAUACAUCAAUUACGAAAAUAGAAGUGACGCGUUUCCUAAAAAAAAUAGGGGAUUUACCUUCAGUGUCCGACUGUUAAGUGUUGCAAUGCAGAAUACCGCAGACCUUUUUAGACACGAAAGAAGUAGCAAGUAUAGUCAGUGUGCAUGAUGCAAAUGGAAAAGGACAAUUAUUUACGUUUGAGGGAGACAUCAAAUCACUCGAUAUGUGUCAUUUGGCUAGCACUGUUUCUGGUACUAAAUGGUAUCAUGUUGAGUAUGGGUAUCAUAAAAAUACACGACUGUCCAAUACAACCCAAAAUACCAUUAUACAUGAUAGUAGCUGGUGUGAUUGGUAUUGUAUCUAAAUUGUUACCAAUAAUUAACCGAAAACUUCACUGGCGCAUAAUUGAUGUGCUGGUAUCAGUUACAUACUUAAUUGAUUUUAUUUGGGUUAUAUUAGGAUCCGUGUGGAUCUACAGCAUAUUCAAACCCAAUUUCAACCCACACGGAGGACUAUAUUGCGACGAGACUACUUACUUAAUGGCUUUCGCAUUGGUGACACUUCAUUGGAUAUUUUUAGCUGUAUUUUUAGUCAUAGCACUCUGCUGUUGCUGCUGUGCCUGCUUUAGCCCUGAAAAACUAUAACAGUUUCUAACGCUAUCGAUCCCUCAGUACUCAGAUAUAUUAAGUGGUAUUACAACUUAUAAAGUAUGACAUUGCUUCUGAAUUUUAUUGUACGUAUCUACUCUAUAAAAAAACUAGAUAAACCAAUCAUUCAAAGGUUUCUGGCGGAAAAACAAGCCCGGAUUUACUAAAUUAAACAACAUUUCGAUUGAAAUGCAUGGUUAUGGUUAAUUUAAUCGUGAUGUGGUUGUGUUCAAUUAUAUUUGCAUUUGUAAAACAAAUGUAAGGACAAUGAGAUUGGUAGUCUCAGUAUCAUAAUCCUGAAAUGUUUUUAAAUUCCAUCUUUCUCACACAAAAUAUCCUAUAAAGCUGAGCCAUAAUCGUAAACACACCCCUCGUGUAAUAUAAGUGAAUGUAUGUAUAAUUGAAUUUUUAUUAAUUUGUCUAAGUACCCACACAUGUUUGUAACACCACUGCAUGGCAUUUACGCCUGGAUAUUCGCAUUAUUUUAUAUGUUAAUGGCCAUCGCAUUUUAGGAAUUGUAUGCUUUUAUUUUAAUUAGUCCUCGACAAUUAUUUUGCAAAUAUUCUAAGUUUAGAGACUGCAAAGUUUUUAUAAAUUUAUUUUGAUACAAAUAAAAUUGAUGCUUGAUUUAAAA